AUGGAGUUUCCUAAUUUUGGAAAACAAUGUGCUCACACAGAUUGUAAACAGUUAGAUUUCUUGCCAGUUGAAUGUGGAGUAUGUCAAAUGAAGUUCUGUAAAGACCAUUCAAGACCAGAUAGUCAUCAAUGUGCUGCGCCACCUUCAAAAUUAGAGGAUCCCAAAAUAAAACUAGAGACAAAUUGGUAUCAGUGUACAUUUAACACUUGCGAAACAAAAAAUCCAUGUGAAAUGUUGUGUCCAAAGUGUGACAAACACUAUUGCCUUGCUCAUAGGCACCAUGGGUGUCUUGAUGAUCUCCCAGGAUCGGAGCGUAGGAAAGUUUUAAGAGAAGCGGCCAAAAAAUCUAAAGACCAGUUUGCAAUUGCUAAAGAAGAAGCUGAUAAAAAAAUCGAAGCUGGUUUGAGACUAGCAGAACUACAGCCUGAAAAACGACGGAUGGCUCAACAGAUACGAUUAAUGAAACUUAAGGGCAAAGCUUUAGGAGACAACAAAAUACCAACUAGUGAUAGAGUUUAUUUCUCUAUUUAUCCUCCUAUGAAAGAGAAUCAAAUUAUUCCUGCAUUACCUUUAUUCACCAGUAAAAAUUGGACAGUUGGUCGAACUAUCGAUUUAUUUGCAGUUCGUCUAAAAAUUGAAAAUAGAAACGAUAAAGUUAAUACGCCGAAACUUCGUCUUUUUAAAUUAGAUGAUGGUCAACAUUUAUCAAAUCCAAUGGAUUAUGUAAUUGGACGAAUGAUUAAUGAUGGAUUAAUAUGUAACGGGGAUGCAUUGAUUCUUCAUUAUGUUGACGAUUCAAAAACUCCCAUUCAAAUAGAACCGGAAUGUUUGGAAAAAUACAAACUUGUGUCUAUAUAAACUAUAAAUGCAUUACAUGCAAACUAACAAAAUACAUUUUCACUAAAAUAAACAAAUUGCAGCUUAAAUUUAAAAACUAUUAUACAUCAAUUGAAUCAUUUUUCUUUAUAUGGUGUUCUUACAGCUUACUUGAGCUAAAAUUAUUCCUAUAUUCAUAUAAAUAACUUUGAAUUUUCAGUUUGAUGUCUUAGAUGUGCAAAACAAUGUACAGAACAUAUGUAAAUAUUAUCAUAAUUUUGCAUGUCUUUUUUUAUAUUGUAUUUACAAA